AUGAUCUCCAACGUCCUCACCGUUGCCACUCUGGCCGGCGUAGCCAUGGCUGCUUGCCCACUCUCUGUCCAGAUUGUUGGCGCAGACCACCACGUCGCCCAAGUCUCCGUCACCAACACCGGAGCCGAGCCCAUCACAGUCUUCAAGGGCAACACGGUGCUCAGUGAACACGCUACCAAGGAUCUCCUCGUGACUGAUGCCUCCGGCAAGGCACUUCCCUUCGAGGGCGCCUACGUCAACUACAAGCGUACCGGCGUCUCUCCCGACAUGUUCCAGACCCUCCAGCCCGGCGAGUCCGUCACGGCCUCCGUCAACGCCGCCAGGACCUACAGGCUCUCCGGCGUCAAGAGCGCCAAGAUCUCCGCCCUCCAGGGUUUCAAAUACGUCACGGGAACGACCGCGCCCAACUCGCUCAAGGACCUCUCCUUCUGCGAGGCCAGCUCGGACUCCUACACCAUCACGCCCGACCAGAGCAAAGCCGCCGAUGACCACAUCUCCAAGCGCCUAGCAGGAGCACCCCCCUCUCGCAUCGCCAGGCGCUCCGUCACCUACCACUCCUGCUCCACCGCGCAGACCAACUCCCUCAAGACCAGCGUCUCCGACGCCAUCUCCAUGGCCGGCGCCGCCUACACGGCCGCCGGCUCGGCGGCGGACUACUUCACCACCUGGUUCCGGGCCACCUCCCAGGAGUCCAAGGUGCGCUCCAUCUACAACGACGUCAAGAACGUCCAGACCACCUCGCCCGCCAUCUCCUGCACCGACACCUACGGCGACUGCUCCGACGGCAGCGCCCUGCUGUACACCGUCCCCAGCGCCAACACCAUCGUCCCCUGCCCCAACAACGGCUUCUGGGGCUUCCCCGAGUUCGCCAGUACCUGCGCCGACGACGACUAUGACAUGGCUGGCAGCAUCCUGCACGAGAUGACGCACCUGUACGGCACGGAUGACUAUGCGUACGGCCAGGCGGCUGCGAAGAAGCUCUCGGCUACGCAGGCGUCGGCGAAUGCUGAUAGUUAUGAGAUCUAUGCUGGGAGUGUGCGUCUUGGUGGGUGCAGCUCCUAG